AUGGCCAUCCCAGCAGUCCGUCUCCUUUGCCUGGAGCAACUGGACCGUUCGCUGGAGGACCAUACCAGGGACUUUCUAGAUCUUGCGUGCCUUACCCACUUCCCCAACCGCUCGCUCUCCAGCUUCUUCUACACUGCGAACAGUCCCCGAGAGGAGUUUGCCGCUUUUGUGGAGUGGGUGCUGGAGAAAAAUGGAUCUUCAUGGACCAUCAGCACCGCCGAAGAGGAUAUCUCCAGCCCCACUCCUGACCCAGAGACCAGCCAGUCACCAUCAAGCCGCACGGAGCCAGAGCCCACCGCAGCCGCAGAGCCCAAGCCAUUCACGGACAGGGAGCAGGACCUCGAGAGCGCGACUGACCAGAUGAAGGUGUUUGUUGUGGCUCUGCUCUCUGUUUUCACGGCGUCUGUUGUUCGUGGAUUCAAACCAUUCGACUGCUCUGAUGUCUAUAAAUCAGGACAAACAGUCAGUGGGAUUUACUCCAUCUAUCCAGCAGGAGACAUUCCUGUCUGGGUUUACUGUGAGAUGAUCUCAGGUGGGAAAGAUGAAGACAACGGAGCAUGGACGGUGUUUCAGAGGAGAAUGGAUGGCAGUGUGAAUUUCUAUCGGCCGUGGGAUCAGUACAAGAGAGGAUUUGGGAAUGAGGAGGGAGAAUACUGGCUGGGGCUGGAGAACAUGUACCAGCUGACACGUAAGAACAAGUACAUGCUGAGAGUGGAUCUGGAGGACUUUGAAGGAAGAAAAGGUUUUGCUCUGUACUCGUCCUUCUCUGUGGGUCCUGAAGCUGAUGGAUAUAAACUGCAAGUUUCAGGAUUCAAAGAUGGAGGAGCAGGUGACUCUUUGUCCUACCAUACCGGACAGAAGUUCUCCACCUUUGACAGGGACCAAGACUCCAUUAGUUUUAACUGUGCCAAAGUGCAUCUCGGGGCAUUUUGGUACAAUAUGUGUCAUGGUGCAAACCCCAACGGUGUGUAUUUAUGGGGAGAAGAUCCCACCAUUUUUGCCAUUGGAAAUGUGUGGUACACCUGGAAGACCAAUUUUGCUGUUGGCUUGAAAUUCAUCAGCAUGAAGAUCAGACGUGUGUCAUAGAAACAUCAAUGUUUUCGGGAGCAAACAUUCAAUGUUAUUUUCACUAUAUUACAAAUGUGAAGGUUUAACAUUUUAUUUUUUGAAUCUGCUUCUGGUCUUUUGAUUAUCUGGUAUGUUAAUUAACUUCCAAUAAACUC